CUUAGCUCUCUCAAGCUCAACAGAAGCAGCAGCAGCUCGUCAAGGAUUAAAACGCGUCGCGUAUUCUUAAAAAACAAACGAAAUUAACCGAAAAUGAAAGUGUUCGCCAUUGCCUGUGUGAGCCUCUUGGUGGCCAGCUGCGCUUGGGCCGCUCCCAGCGUGCAAGAUAACAAAAUCGAAAGUGAUAACACAUUCGGUCGGGCCGCUCGCUACUUGGGCGCCUGCCUCGAGAGCGAUGACAUGGCCACCUGUUUGGCCGUCAAAGGCAUUACCGCAUUGAAUCGUGCUGCCAGGAGCAACAACAUUGAGUUGGUCAAUGGCGUAACCUUCCAGAGAGAUCCAGCCAACCCUGUGCAGCGCAGCGGCAAAUCCCUCAGCGAACAGGAUAUCUACGCUGAGUUGCCACAAAACUCCGAGGAGCGUAAUGGCCGUCUGGUUGAUUUGGCCAUCUCCAGUGUGAGCGACUUCCUGACCACCCACAACCUGGAAUUCAAAAUGCCCGCCGAGACCACCCAGCAGGUUGCUCGUGCUCUCGAUGAAGGCCGUGCCAAGAUCAAGAAAGUGAUUGGCCCCGUCGCUUUGGCUAUUGGUGCUAAGCUCUUCGCUGUCAUUCCUCUGGUGCUUGGUUUCCUCGCUCUGUUGACCUUCAAGGCUGUGAUCGUCGCCAAGCUUGCCUUCUUCCUGGCCAUCCUGGUUGGCGGUUCUCGUCUGUUGGGCGGAUUCGGCAACAAGUUCGGCGGCAACUCGUACAGCGGCUACAACGCUAACACCUACUCCGUGCCCGCCAGCGCCAGCUGGAGCUCGGGUGCUUCUUCUGGCUAUCCCUAUGCUCGUAGCAUCGACACCGACGCCCAGCAGUUGGCUUAUGCCGGACAGCAGCAGGAGCAGCAAUAAGCACUUGACACUCGAAUAGUGUGAAGCCUUUUGGGCUGAGAAUGUGCCUUCAAUUUGAAAUAUCUAGAGCUUAAGUAAUUUAUUCGAAGACGUUUGCUUACUUAAUUUAUUGUACUACAUCUACAUAUUAUUACACACAAUUCAAGACAUCAGCAAAAUAGUCAAGUUGAAUGUUUGUCAUCAAAAUAAAUGCGAUUAAUU